GCCGUGGCCAUCAGCAACUGUGACGGACUGGCGGGCCUGAUUCGGACGGACAGCAACGAGUUUUUCAUCGAACCCCUGGAGAGGGGGCAGCAGGAGAAGGAGGCGCACGGGAGGGCCCACGUGGUGUACCGCAGGUCGGCCAUCCGGCAGGACGGCGCGCAGCCCCGCGAGGAUCUCCAUCCCAGAGCGCCCCGCUUCCGGGUGGGAGAGCUGCCGAACUCGCUGGAGCUGGUGGAGGAGCGGCUCGGCGACGCGGGGAGGAGGCGGGCCAAGAGGGACGACUACAACAUCGAGGUCCUGCUGGCGGUGGAUGAUUCGGUCGUGCGCUUCCACGGGAAGGAGCACGUCCAGAACUACGUCCUCACCCUCAUGAACAUAUCAGUCAGCCUGAUCGAGCGAGGGAACCCGUCGCGGAGCUUGGAGCAGGUCUGUCGCUGGGCUCAUUCCCAGCAGCGCUCCGACCCGGAGCACGCCGAGUACCACGACCACGCCGUGUUCCUCACCAGGCAAGAUUUUGGUCCCGCAGGUAUGCAAGGUACUGUAUUUAUCUCGAUCAGGUAUGUGCAGUUUGCUGGGGGAAAGCCAGCAAGGGGAGAAGACUUCUUGCAGACGCAGUCCGUGUGCCGAUGGCCUGAUGUUGCUGGCCAGCAGAUACGAUGGGCUGAUGUGGGGCCGAAGCCCCAGGGAAGGUGGCUCACAGGCUUUUCCAACAGGUUAGGUAUGGAGCAUGACGGCCAGGGCAACCGCUGCGCGGACGAGACCAGCAUGGGGAGCAUCAUGGCGCCGCUGGUGCAGGCUGCCUUCCACCGCUACCACUGGUCCCGCUGCAGCAAGCAGGAGAGCUACAUACACUCCUACGAUUGCCUGCUGGAUGAUCCCUUUGAGCACCAGUGGCCCAAGUUACCCGAACUCCCAGGGAUUAAUUACUCCAUGGAUGAGCAGUGCCGCUUUGAUUUCGGCGUGGGUUACAAAACGUGCACAGCAUUCCGGACCUUCGACCCCUGCAAGCAGCUGUGGUGCAGCCACCCGGACAACCCCUACUUCUGCAAGACCAAGAAGGGGCCCCCGCUGGAUGGGACCGAGUGCUCGUCGGGCAAGUGGUGCUUCAAGGGUCACUGCAUCUGGAAGACCUCGGAGCAGCCUUACAGCCAGGACGGCAGCUGGAGCUCCUGGUCCAAGUUUGGCUCGUGCUCCCGGACCUGCGGGGGAGGCGUACGCUCUCGCAGCAGGAGCUGCAGCAACCCGCCUCCGGCGUAUGGUGGGCGCCACUGCCCGGGAGCCACCUACGAGUACCAAGUGUGCAACCCUGAAGAGUGCCCAGGGCCGUACGAGGACUUCCGCGCCCAGCAGUGCUCCAAGCGCAACUCGUACUACACCCACCAGAGCGCCAAGCACACCUGGCUUCCCUACGAGCAUCAUGAUGAUGCCCAGAAGUGUGAGCUGAUCUGCCAGUCCGAGGGGACGGGGGACGUGGUGUUCAUGAAUCAGGUGGUUCACGACGGCACCAGGUGCAGCUACAGAGACCCGUACAGCAUCUGCGUCCGGGGCGAGUGCGUGCACGUUGGCUGCGACAAGGAGGUCGGCUCGCUGAAGCAGGACGACAAGUGUGGCGUGUGCGGUGGGGACAACUCUCACUGCCGGACGGUGAAGGGCACGUUGGCCAAGACCCCGAAGCAGCUGGGUGAGAAGGCAAUGGCGUGUUACACCUCUCUCUGCAGACCGUGGUCUGGCUCAUUCUCCAACUUAGGCAUCCACGUCCAGAUAGAAGAGAUGGAGCCAGCGUCCCACAGCAUCGCUGUUAAGAAUCAAGCCACAGGGGACUUCAUCCUUAAUGCCAAGGGCAAAGAGGCCAAAAGCAAAGUGUUCAUCGGGAUGGGCUUAGAAUGGGAAUACGCUGUUGAAAAUGGCAAGGAAAGCUUGAAAACCAGCGGCCCUCUGCACGAAGCCAUCAGCGUUUUGGUCGUCCCUCAGGAGGAGGAGGCGAAGAGCAGCCUGAUGUACAGGUACAUCAUCCACGAGGACCUGCUGCCCAUGAUUGGAAACAACAACGUCCUGCUGGAAGAGAUGGAUUCCUACGAGUGGGCCCUCAAGAGCUGGUCUCAGUGCUCGAAGGCGUGCGGAGGAGGUACUUCCCCCUUCUUUGUAGCAGGCUGCAACAUGUACUUGGGAGGUUGCUUGGCUUUGUUAGACAGGCUCUCCAGCAUCACGGCCAACGCCGACACCAGCGACCACGUGACGCCCAAAGUGCAGUGGGUGCCCCAGGAUGGACCCAAAAAUCCCGUGAACAAGAUCUCCUCGAAGGAGCCCUGCCUCGGGGACAAGUCCAUCUUCUGCCAGAUGGAAGUCCUGGCCCGCAAGGCGUGUUGGGCCGAGGGCUUCAAGGGCUCCUUCUGGGCCCCUUGA